AUGGUAGGAUGUUGUCGUGGUAGUUUGUGCAUUUCGGUGUACAUCGUUGUUGCAUUUUAUAUUGGGUUGAAGGUUUUUGUGCUGUGGGUCGUGUGUGCACGGUCGGAAUCGCAGCAAGGGUGUGUUAUGGACGUGUCCCUCGAUGGGACUAAGUUUUGGACGCCUUCGUGUGAUGAGGCGGUUAGGCCUUUUGAGGGGCAGACUUUUCCUUCUCUUGCUCACGGUAUUGAUUUUUAUCGUCAGUAUGCGUCGCUCGUUGGUUUUAAUGUACGUUGUAGUUCGUUGCGUAGGAAUAGGGAGGGUGUUGUUGUGAAAGACUUGUUGGUUUGUUCGCGUGAGGAGUUCAAGCAGGCAGUGCAGGGCUCUGUUGUUGUGGAUGGUGCGUUGGAUCAAGCACCUGUGGCUCCAAAGCGCCGGCGUGUUUCAAAUAGGGUGGGGUGCAGAGCGAGGUUGGUGUUGAAGAUGGGUGACGAUGGGGUUUUUGUGGUUCAUUUCAUUGAGCUACGGUAUAAUCAUUGUUUGUGCUCGGAUGUGGCUAAGCCUUUCUUGCGGGGUAAUCGUUCCAUGGAUGUGCAACAUCAGAUUUUUGUGCUUAAGUGUGCUAGGGCCAAUGUUGGGCCCAAUAGGUCGUUUCGUUUGGCUAGGGAGUUUGCUGGGUCGUAUUCAAUGUUGAUGUUCAUAGUGAAAAAAUAUGCUAAGAAGGUAGAUGAUUGCCCGGAUUAUGUCUUUAGAUAUGAUGUAGAUUCCCAGGAUCAGUUAUGUAGGGCUUUUUGGACUGACCCUAUUGCGAAGGAAAGUUUUUCAGCUUUUGGAGAGGUGGUGUCGUUUGAUGCAACUUGUGGGACUAAUAGGUAUGGUAUGGUAUUGGUCCCGUUUAUUGGUGUUGAUAAUCACAAGAGAGGUGUCACAUUUGUAAUGGGGUUGAUUUCCCGUGAAGAUGUGGACUGUUACGUGUGGCUUCUCCAGCAAUUUAAAAGUGCAAUGGGUUGUGUGCCUAGUUGCACUAUCACUGAUCAAGAUCCUUCGAUGCGGGUUGCAGUCCCACGGGUGUUUGAUACUAUGCGGCACAGGUUUUGUAUGUGGCAUAUUAUGUCAAAGGUUGGCGAGAAGGUUGGUAAUGUUCUAUCUAAAGAUGAGGAGUUUCGGCGCGCGUUGAAUGAUGUUGUUUGGUGUGAGACGUCGUCCGUGGAGGAGUUUGAGCGGGGUUGGCAGGACGUUAUGGAAAAGUAUAGCCUUGGUGACCACCGAUAG